UUUCAGAGCAUCAACAUGUGGCUAAUUCAAUUGACGCUCAUCUCUACCCUAAUCAGCGUUUCGCUGGCCUUUGGCGACGAGGCCAUUUUUGAGGAUGAGGACAUUUACAAUCAGGCGCUGCCACCAGUGCCGCACACAGGAAUCACAGCACCUGGCACCAAAUGGUGCGGUCCGGGCAAUACGGCGGCCAAUUACAAUGAUCUUGGUCGGGAGCGGGAAACGGAUAAAUGCUGUCGUGCUCAUGAUCAUUGCGACGAGAUUAUCGAAUCGCACGGCUCACUCCAUGGUCUGCCGAACAAUACGGACUGGUUUCCCAUCCUGAAGUGCAGCUGUGAACAACAGUUCAUCAAUUGCUUGCAGGCCGUCAACACAAUGACAUCGAAUACCUUGGGUCGCAUAUACUAUGGUACAAGGAGUAGAUGCUUUGCCGAGGGCUACCCCACCUCAGGCUGCAAUCAGUACCAGGUGGGCGCAAUUCGCAGACGUUGCAUUCGAUACAAUGUCAAUAACAGAGCGGCAAAGAUCUGGCAAUUCUAUGACAUGCCCUUCUAUACAGCGGCUUCGCUGCUCUUGGCAAAGUCUUGACCUUGACAAGAGCUUUAAUCUUGAAUACAAUAGCUUUCAAGCAUCGAACUCAUUAUGGCAUUGAAAUAAAUAUAUUAAUAUUCUUAUUACUUGAA